AUGAGUGAGUUUCGGAUUCACCACGACGUCAAUGAGCUGCUCAGCUUGCUGCGUGUCCACGGAGGGGAUGGUGCUGAGGUCUAUAUCGACCUGCUGCAGAAGAAUAGGACCCCAUAUGUCACUACCACUGUAUCUGCACACAGCGCCAAGGUUAAAAUAGCAGAAUUUUCUCGUACUCCAGAAGACUUUCUAAAGAAAUAUGAUGAACUGAAAUCUAAAAACACAAGGAACCUUGACCCACUGGUGUACCUGUUAUCGAAACUCACGGAAGACAGAGAGACCCUGCAGUACUUACAACAGAACGCCAAAGAGAGAGCCGAGCUCGCGGCCAGCGCUGCAGGCAGCAGCACCAGUGGCUUCAGCGGCCCCGCCACGGCCUCCAAAAUCUCCAUGCAGGAGCUGGAAGAGCUGAGGAAGCAGCUCGGCAGCGUGGCCACAGGCUCCACGCUCCAGCAGCCAGUGCUGGUGGGCGUGUCCUAUCAGCACCUCCCAUGUCCCCUCACUGCCACCCUGUGUGAUCGACGAGAAAAUGGUCUGCACCUGCUUCUCUCCCUGGCCACCUUUGAGCUGGCUCUGCUGACAGCCGGGCCACCUCGGCCUGCCCUGGUCAGCUUCUGGUGGCUGGUUCCGCAGGAGGACUGCUGCUCCGGGCAUGUCGGGGGCACGCUGCCCCUGACCGCCCAGGAGUCGGCUGUGGUGGAGGACCUGCUCUACGUGCUGGUGGGUGUGGACGGCAGGUAUAUCACCGCCCAGCCUCUCACCGGGAGGCAGAGCCGCACCUUCCUCGUGGACCCCAACCUCGACCUGUCCAUCCGGGAGCUGGUGAACAGGGUCCUCCCGGUGGCUGCCAGUUACUCCACGGUGACCAGGUUCAUUGAAGAGAAGUCUUCCUUCGAAUACGGGCAGGUGAACCACGCCCUGGCGGCCGCCAUGAGGGCCCUGGUGAAGGAGUACUUGAUCCUGGUCACACAGCUGGAGCAGCUGCAGAGGCAGGGCCUCCUGUCCCUGCAGAAGCUCUGGUUCUACAUCCAGCCAGCCAUGCGCACCCUGGACAUCCUGGCCUCCCUGGCCACCUCGGUGGAUAAAGGCGAGUGUGUUGGGGGGUCAACCCUGAGCCUUCUCCAUGACCGGAGCUUCAACUACACGGGGGACAGCCAGGCCCAGGAGCUGUGUCUGUACCUCACCAAGGCUGCCAGCGUGCCCUACUUCGAGAUCCUGGAGAAGUGGAUCUAUAGAGGGAUAAUCAACGACCCGUACAGCGAGUUCAUGGUGGAAGAGCACGAGCUGCGCAAGGAGAAGAUCCAGGAGGAUUACAACGACAAGUACUGGGACCAGAGGUACACCGUCGUGCAGCACCAGAUCCCCUCCUUCCUGCAGAAGAUGGCAGGCAAGGUCCUCAGCACGGGAAAAUAUCUGAAUGUAGUCCGAGAGUGUGGCCACGAUGUCACCUGCCCAGUGGCCAAGGAGAUCAUCUACACUCUGAAGGAGCGGGCAUAUGUUGAGCAAAUCGAGAAGGCUUUCAACUAUGCCAGCAAGGUCCUGCUGGCCUUCCUGAUGGAAGAGAAGGAGCUUGUGGCGCACCUGAGGUCCAUCAAGCGCUACUUCCUGAUGGACCAGGGGGACUUCUUCGUGCACUUCAUGGACCUCACCGAGGAGGAGCUGAAAAAGCCGGUGGACGACAUCACUCCCACCCGCCUGGAGGCGCUGCUGGAGCUGGCCCUGCGCAUGAGCACUGCCAACACGGACCCUUUCAAGGACGAUCUCAAGAUCGAUCUGAUGCCUCAUGACCUCAUCACCCAGCUCCUGCGGGUUCUGGCCAUCGAGACCAAGCAGGAGAAGGCGAUGGUCCAUGCCGACCCCACCGAGCUCACGCUGAGUGGCCUCGAGGCCUUCUCUUUCGACUACGUCGUCAAGUGGCCCCUGUCGCUGAUUAUCAAUAGGAAAGCCCUGACCCGCUACCAGAUGCUCUUCAGGCACAUGUUCUACUGCAAGCACGUAGAGCGGCAACUCUGCAACGUCUGGAUCGGCAACAAGGCCGCCAAGCAGUGCUCCCUGCACUCCGCUAAGUGGUUUGCCGGCGCCUUCACUCUGCGGCAGCGGAUGCUCAACUUUGUUCAGAACAUUCAGUACUACAUGAUGUUUGAAGUCAUGGAGCCGACCUGGCACGUCCUCGAGAAGAACCUGAAGUCUGCGUCCAACAUCGAUGACGUGCUGGGCCACCACACGAGCUUCCUGGACAACUGUCUGAAGGACUGCAUGCUGACCAACCCGGAGCUACUCAAGGUGUUCUCCAGGCUCAUGUCCGUGUGCGUCAUGUUCACCAACUGCAUGCAGAGAUUUACGCAGAGCAUGAAGUUGGACGGUGAGCUGGGCCGCCUGAUGUUGGAGCAUGGCACGAUGCUGGGGCCGCCCACGGAGGCCGAGCGGGCAGAGGAGCGCACCCGCAAGGAGCUCGCCAGGAAGUACCUGGCUGAGCACGUGGACGCCCCGCAGCUGGCCUCCAGCUUCGAGGCCACCAUCAACAAGUUUGAUAAGAAUUUCUCAGCACAUCUGCUUGACCUUCUGGCCCGACUGAGCCUCUACAGCACCAGUGACUGUGAGCACAGCAUGGCCAGCGUCAUCUCCAGACUUGACUUCAAUGGCUUCUACACGGAGCGCCUGGAGCGUCUGUCUGCAGAGAGGAGCCAGAAGGCAGCGCCCCAAGUGCCCGUCCCACGGGGCCCCCCGGCAUCUGCGCCCAGGGUUGCCGUCACCGCCCAGUGA